AUGAAGUCUGUCAACGUUGCCGUUAUUGGAGCUGGUGUGGUUGGCUCUGCAUUCCUUCAACAGCUUGCUGGCGCAAAGUCCGCCAUCAAAUAUAAUCUCAUCUACUUGUCGACCUCGAGAAAGGCGGUUUACAACAAGGACUACUCUCCAGUUGAGCUGGCCAAAUGGUCGCAGUUACUCCAAUCGACCGCUUCUACCCCACUAUCCGUCGAGGAUCUUGUUGAUUACCUCAGAAAGUCUCCAUUGCCUGCAAUUCUUGUCGACAACACCUCGAAUGAGACCCUGGCCAAGUCUUAUCCGCUUUUCCUGAAAAAUGGUGUUUCUGUGGCCACUCCUAACAAAAAGGCCUUCUCCAGCUCGCUGUCUUUGUGGAACGAUAUCUUCUCUGCAGAAAACACCGGAUUGUGCUACCACGAGGCUUCUGUGGGCGCUGGAUUGCCUUUGAUUUCCCCUCUCAAAGAGAUGGUGGCUACUGGCGACGAGGUGGAGAAGAUCGAAGGUAUUUUUUCCGGCACGCUGUCCUACAUUUUUAACGAGUACUCUACGAUCUCGCCAAACACGUCUAAAUUCAGCGACAUUGUCAAAGUAGCCAAAGAGCUGGGCUACACCGAGCCAGACCCAAGAGACGACUUGAACGGUCUCGAUGUCGCCAGAAAAGUUACCAUUCUGGCCAGAAUUGCCGGCUUGCAAAUUGAGUCGCCAACUUCAUUCCCAGUGCAGUCCCUGAUUCCCAAGCAGCUCGAAAGCGUUCAGUCCGCAGACGAGUACCUGCAGAAACUACCCGAGUUCGACCACGAGAUGGAGAAGCUCAAGUCCGAGGCAGCCUCAGAGGGUAAGGUGCUAAGAUUCAUCGGCAAGGUCGAUGUGGCCAACAAGAAGACCAGCGUCGAGAUUGCCAAGUACGAUGCGUCCCACCCAUUUGCGUCGCUCAAGGGCUCUGACAACGUCAUCUCCAUCCAGACCAAGCGUUAUCCUAACCCGCUGAUCAUCCAAGGAGCGGGUGCCGGAGCCGAAGUUACGGCCAUGGGAGUUCUUGGCGAUGUGAUCAAGAUCGCCGAGAGAAUUGCUGCUUAA